GAUUUGGAUGAGAUUGAUGGAGAUGAUCCAACAAUGCUCUCUGAAUAUGUUCAAGAAAUCUUUGAGUACAUGCAUACUCUCGAGAACCAAACCAUGGCCAAUCCCAACUACAUGGAGCAGCAAAACGAACUGCAAUGGAAAAUGCGUAGCAUUCUUGUAGAUUGGUUAAUUGAAGUACACAACAAAUUCCGUUUGCUUGCAGAGACCUUGUUUUUGGCCGUCAAUAUUGUUGAUCGCUUUCUAUCUUUGCGUGUUGUUUCAUUAGUGAAACUUCAGCUUGUUGGUGUUACUGCCAUGUUCAUUGCAGCAAAGUAUGAAGAAGUUGUUUCACCUUCUAUUCAAAGCUUUCUUUAUAUGGCUGACGGUGGAUAUACCGAUGACGAAAUUCUUCGCGCUGAACGAUAUGUGCUACAGGUGUUAGACUUUGCUUUGCAAUACCCUACUCCAAUGAGCUUUCUUCGACGCUGUUCCAAGGCCGAUGGAUAUGAUAUCCAGACUCGCACUCUUGCCAAAUAUCUUAUGGAAGUGUCACUUGUGGAUCAUCGUUUUAUCAGUAUUCCUCCUAGUCAAAUUGCUGCUUCUGGUCUUUAUUUGGCUCGUCGCAUGCUUGAUCGUAGUCCAUGGAACCCCAAUCUUAUCCACUAUUCAUCCUACAAAGAGGAAGAGCUACAAGAGUGUUCUGAGUUGGUUUUGGACUAUCUUUCCAAACCAGUAAAAUACGAGGCGCUGUACAAAAAGUACUCGGCCAGGAAAUUUUUGAAAGUAGCUAUUUUUGUUGAGGACUGGAUUGCCAAACAAAAGGACAAGAGUCUGUUUUGCCAACCAAGCGAUCGUUCUGAUGUUGAACGAUCUUCUGGCAUGACUGCUCCCCAGUCGUGUUCAUCGGCUGUUCCAACUGCAAUCUCAAAUGUAAGUGUCAAGUCCCAUUCCACUACGCAACAAGAGUCGGAAAACAAUGAUCCUUGUGAAAAUGCGCCCAAGCAGACAGUUAGAUGCAAGGCUCAAAAAGAAAAGGACACAAAAGUUUGCCCUACACAAGGCUUGGAGGGGCGAGAGGAGAGUGUGUAUGACGAGAAGCAGCAGGAAGAUAGUGAUGCAGAUGACGGUCGUCCCUCGUCUCAAAGCUCAGAAACUGACGCAUAGUUUAGGAAGCUUGGAUGAUUUUUCUGAUUUUACCGUAGUAGUCUGCUUUGCUUUUUUAAUUUUUCCAAUAGUGUGCUAUUGUUUUCUACAACACGUUUAUGCUUUCUAUGCGGCUAGUUAUUUUAUCUUUUUACCGGUUUAUCCAUAUUCCCUAUGCACAGAGUUAUGUUGUCAUCUCGUACACGGUUUACCACUAGUCAUUCAAUAGAGUUGUCGAGUUUUACCCUGCUGCUUUACAUCCUUUGCCGCUUUAACUUUGGUGUGGCUUUUUUAUUCCCUAGUUUUAUUGUUUUUACCUCUUUAUUUUUUGGUGUGCAUAAAGUUAGUUGACUGCUGUGGGCAUUUGUGUAGAAUACAGACUCUUUUGCAAGC